AUGAGUUUCUCGGAAGAUGAAGAGAUGAUGGAUGGGAUUGAGGAAAAUGAUGAAACUUAUUUCCCCAGUGUCGAAUGGCCCUCUCAACAGUCCACAUGGCUCUCUCAUUCCGAACCGUUGGUUCUUAGACCUGCUGUGUCUGGUGUUCCGGAUGCUGAAGAGGUGGUCGAUUGUGUGCACGGAAAUGACGAAUCAGUAUCUUCCACCGGGGAUGGAGUUCAGCUUCCUGCGUGGUUUGAAUGGCCUAAAGAGCUGGUGCAUAGACCCGCUAUGUCUGGUGUCCCGGCUGUCGAAAAGACUUCUUCACGGUUUGUGGGGGAUAGUUAUACUAGGCCACUUGUUAUCAGACCGGCUAUAUCUUGUGUCCUGGAGGCUGAAGAAAGUUCUUCACGGUUUUUACAAAAUAGUUAUAAUAGGCCGCUGGUUCUCAGACCUGCCGUGUCUGGUGUCCCUGUCGUCGAGGAGACUUCUCCACAAGUUGUACAGAAAAAUCGUACCAAGUCACUUGUUCAUAGACCUGCUAUACUUAAAAGUCCCAGGCGGCAUGAUCUUGUAGAACAGGCGCGAAUCAUGCCACUAUACUUCACACUUCCGCAUCGACCUCGAGUAACUGAUAAGUCUCGCGACUCAAGACGGAAACACAAAGAGGCUGUGAGGAAGUGGAUAGAACGCAAGAGAGAACGUGAAAAAAGGGGGAGACAGAAUGAGAGACGGAAACUCAGCGAGAGCCGAGAAAGUGAUCGAUAUGAAAAUUCACAUCGCCAGAUCAAUCCUGCUACCAUCGAACAAGAAAUUCAGGACAUACAUGCAGAUCUUCAUCGCGCGGUUGGCAAUGAUGAACACGAAACGCUUCAAGCAUGUAGUCCGCCUAGUGAUGAGUGGCACAGGAUCACGCCGAUUUCAGAAACCAAAGUGUCGACUGAUGUACUGAUCUCAGUCCUUGUUGCCGAAAUCAUGAAAGAAAGGCAACAUGUAGAUGAGGUAAAGAACUUUGUUAACAAGAAGCAUACCCUUGAAGAAUGGCAGGACUGGGGUAAAAUUGUAGUGGGGCGAAUUAAUGAGAAGAAAAAGAACUGGGAAAAGUAUAGGGAGAUGAGGAAGAAAGAAGAGUCGAGGGAUCAUGGAGGCCAAAAAUUCGAUAAAUCAACGAGGCAAGGAUGGGCAUGGGAGCCUCUUUCAAUUCAGUCGGUUUACUAUUGGCUAGACAAGCUUGACAGGGCCCUUGAAGAAGCAGAGAAUGGUUUCCCCAAGACUCACUGCGAAUCAAAGGAAGUUGAGAAGGAAAGUGCGGAGCAAAGGGCGGCGAAGCGCGAGAAAUCACAGUUUGUAAAGAGGCAUGUGCGAGCCUAUGUUGACUCUGACUCUGAUGACCCGUCGGCUAUGGAACCGGCAAAGCGCAAGCAAUUACCUCUCCGUCAGAAAAAACAUACAACAGUCACGCGCGUUGAUUCUGGCGAUGGAGAUGCAUUGCUUGAUUGGGCCGAGUACUGA